CUCCCGGCCUGCUUUGCGGCGGUGGGAGGGGGAGGAGGGCGGGGCCUGGAGGCGGGGACGACGCCCUCCGGGAGAUUUCAAGCUUGCCUCUUGGUGCCCCGAUCUUGGUGAAGACUUUGCCCAAGGAAGACGGUCACUCUCCUUGCUGCCCAUCAGGAAAAUAAAGUCUACUGCAAUUCAGAUAUGCCAGAAGUCAAGUCGAUGUUCCGUGAGGUCCUUCCUAAGCAAGGGCAGUUAUCUGUGGAGGACGUGGCCACUAUGGUGUUGUGCAAACCCAAACUUUUACCCCUCAAAUCACUUACCCUGGAGAAGUUGGAAAAAAUGCAGCAGGCGGCGCAGGAAACAAUUCGACAACAGGAACUGGCAGAAAAGGCACAGCAGCAAAUGAACCAGUGAAUCAUGAGUCACUUACCUUUGUGUUGUUUACUGGCUAUUUACUUCCUAUUAUUGUAAAACAAUUUAUAUUGUUGUUUUUAAGUUGAGAAUAAUAGUUGCAUUUAAAUGA